CUCUCUCUCUCUCUCUCUCUCUCUCUCUCUCUCCUUAUCUGCAUCGCGGAAGGGUUUUAGCUGCAGAAGUGAAGAAAACGGAUGCAAAAUGGGAAGAAGAAUAUUGAACGAUGCGUUGAGAACAAUUGUCAAUGCUGAAAAGCGGGGAUUCGCUUCGGCUGAGCUCAAGCCUAUCUCUAAUGUUGUCGCCUCUUUCCUCCAAAUCAUGAAAUACAGAGGUUAUGUUAAGGAUUUUCAAGUUCAUGAUCCACAUAGGGUGGGGAGGAUAACAGUGCAGCUGCAGGGGAGGGUGAACGAUUGUCGGGCUCUUACUUAUAGGCAAGACAUUAAGGCUCAGUAUAUGGAGACCUACAAAACUCGCAUGCUGCCAACACGCCAGUGGGGCUAUGUAGUGGUCACAACGCCAAACGGCGUUCUGGAUCAUGAGGAGGCUAUUCGGCAAAAUGUUGGUGGUCAAGUGAUUGGAUACUUUUACUGAAGAGCUCAUUUAUGGUUAUAAUGUGACGAUUUCUUGUUUAGGUAAGAAAGAAAAAAUUGUGAAGCUCCCAUUGCAAUAACUCGGGGAGGAAUUCGUGACAUUUGUGUAUCUUUAACAAUGUCUUGUUGAUACUGUGUUUCCCAGCCUUUAAUCUCCUUACUAAAUCUUAGUAAAUCCCAAACCAAUAAUAUUACCACAUUUCCUUCA